AUGAUCAUCGCGGGGGACUCCGCAGGCGGCAACCUGGCGGCCGCUCUGCUCCUGCUCCUGCGUACCGCGCAGCCGCAUCCCCAGGUCCCGCCGCUGGACCAGCUGCGGCGCGGCAUCUGGGGAUCGUGGCGGGGGAGUAUGAUGCUGGAGCUCGAGUUGGUGUACGAGGGUUCGAGCUGA